AUGUCAAGGAACAGUGGAAUGUCAAGGAACAAUAUAAGGUCAAGGAGCAGUGGAAUGUCAAGGAACAGUGGAAUGUCAAGGAACAGUGGAAUGUCAAGGAACAAUAUAAGGUCAAGGAGCAGUGGAAUGUCAAGGAACAGUGGAAUGUCAAGGAACAGUGGAAUGUCAAGGAACAGUGGAAUGUCAAGGAACAGUGGAAUGUCAAGGAACAGUGGAAUGUCAAGGAACAGUGGAAUGUCAAGGAACAGUGGGAAGUCAAGGAGCAACAGGAGGUCAAGCAAGAGGUCAAUAACAGCAACAGGUCAAGGAGCAACAGGAGGUCAACAACAGGUCAAGGAGCAACAGGAGGUCAAGCAACAGGUCAAUAACAGCAACAGGUCAAGGAGCAACAGGAGGUCAAGCAAGAGGUCAAUAACAGCAACAGGUCAAGGAGCAACAGGAGGUCAACAACAGGUCAAGGAGCAACAGGAGGUCAAGCAACAGGUCAAGGAGCAACAGGAGGUCAAGCAACAGGUCAAGGAGCAACAGGAGGUCAAGCAACAGGUCAAGGAGCAACAGGAGGUCAAGCAACAGGUCAAGGAGCAACAGGAGGUCAAGCAACAGGUCAAGGAGCAACAGGAGGUCAAGCAACAGGUCAAGGAGCAACAGGAGGUCAAGCAAGAGGUCAAGGAGCAACAGGAGGUCAAGCAACAGGUCAAGGAGCAACAGGAGGUCAAGCAACAGGUCAAGGAGCAACAGGAGGUCAAGCAACAGGUCAAGGAGCAACAGGAGGUCAAGCAACAGGUCAAGGAGCAACAGGAGGUCAAGCAACAGGUCAAGGAGCAACAGGAGGUCAAGCAACAGGUCAAGGAGCAACAGGAGGUCAAGCAACAGGUCAAGGAGCAACAGGAGGUCAAGCAACAGGUCAAGGAGCAACAGGAGGUCAAGCAACAGGUCAAGGAGCAACAGGAGGUCAAGCAACAGGUCAAGGAGCAACACGAGGUCAAGCAACAGGUCAAGGAGCAACAGGAGGUCAAGCAACAGGUCAAGGAGCAACAGGAGGUCAAGCAACAGGUCAAGGAGCAACAGGAGGUCAAGCAACAGGUCAAGGAGCAACAGGAGGUCAAGCAAAAGGUCAAGGAGCAACAGGAGGUCAAGCAACAGGUCAAGGAGCAACAGGAGGUCAAGCAACAGGUCAAGGAGCAACAGGAGGUCAAGCAACAGGUCAAGGAGCAACAGGAGGUCAAGCAACAGGUCAAGGAGCAACAGGAGGUCAAGCAACAGGUCAAGGAACAAUGGAUGAUGAAGCAGAGGCAGGAAGCAGAGGCAGGAAGCAGAGGCAGGAAGCAGAGGCAAGAAGCAGAGGCAGGAAGCAGAGGCAAGAAGCAGAGGCAGGAAGCAGAGGCAGGAAGCAGAGGCAGGAAGCAGAAGCAGGAAGCAGAGGCAGGAAGCAGAAGCAGGAAGCAGAGGCAGGAAGCAGAGGCAGGAAGCAGAGGCAAGAAGCAGAGGCAAAAAGCAGAGGCAGGAAGCAGAGGCAGGAAGCAGAAGCAGGAAGCAGAGGCAGGAAGCAGAGGCAGGAAGCAGAGGCAAGAAGCAGAGGCAAGAAGCAGAGGCAGGAAGCAGAGGCAGGAAGCAGAAGCAGGAAGCAGAGGCAGGAAGCAGAGGCAGGAAGCAGAGGCAAGAAGCAGAGGCAAGAAGCAGAGGCAGGAAGCAGAGGCAGGAAGCAGAAGCAGGAAGCAGAAGCAGGAAGCAGAGGCAGGAAGCAGAAGCAGGAAGCAGAGGCAGGAAGCAGAGGCAGGAAGCAGAGGCAAGAAGCAGAGGCAAGAAGCAGAGGCAGGAAGCAGAGGCAGGAAGCAGAGGCAGGAAGCAGAGGCAGGAAGCAGAAGCAAGAAGCAGAGGCAAGAAGCAGAAGCAGGAAGCAGAAGCAGGAAGCAGAAGCAAGAAGCAGAGGCAAGAAGCAGAAGCAGGAAGCAGAAGCAGGAAGCAGAGGCAGGAAGCAGAGGCAGGAAGCAGAAGCAGGAAGCAGAGGCAGGAAGCAGAGGCAAGAAGCAGAGGCAAGAAGCAGAGGCAGGAAGCAGAGGCAGGAAGCAGAGGCAAGAAGCAGAGGCAAGAAGCAGAGGCAGGAAGCAGAGGCAGGAAGCAGAAGCAGGAAGCAGAGGCAGGAAGCAGAGGCAGGAAGCAGAGGCAGGAAGCAGAAGCAAGAAGCAGAGGCAAGAAGCAGAGGCAGGAAGCAGAAGCAGGAAGCAGAGGCAGGAAGCAGAAGCAGGAAGCAGAGGCAGGAAACAGAAGCAGGAAGCAGAAGCAGGAAGCAGACGCAGGAAGCAGAGGCAGGAAGCAGAAGCAGGAAGCAGAGGCAGGAAGCAGAGGCAGGAAGCAGAAGCAGGAAGCAGAAGCAGGAAGCAGAGGCAGGAAGCAGAAGCAGGAAGCAGAGGCAGGAAACAGAAGCAGGAAGCAGAAGCAGGAAGCAGAAGCAGGAAGCAGAGGCAGGAAGCAGAAGCAGGAAGCAGAGGCAGGAAACAGAAGCAGGAAGCAGAAGCAGGAAGCAGAAGCAGGAAGCAGAGGCAGGAAGCAGAGGCAGGAAACAGAAGCAGGAAGCAGAGGCAGGAAACAGAAGCAGGAAGCAGAGGCAGGAAGCAGAAGCAGGAAGCAGAGGCAGGAAGCAGAAGCAGGAAGCAGAGGCAGGAAGCAGAAGCAGGAAGCAGAAGCAGGAAGCAGAAGCAGGAAGGGAAGAUGCAGGCUAGUGACAGGUAA